UUUGGCUCACUUACAUCAUAUGUCUGUUGUGUCUCCAUCCGUGACUUCUAUAACGUCAAUGUCUUCGGAUACUUCUUCCUCCACCCAGCAGUGUGCCACCAUCGACCAGUGAUUCUUUAUUGCCCACAAGUUCUUCUACGCGCCUGACGACGAGCUCCAUCUCGUCCUUGACGUCUACUAUGUCUUCCGGUAUCGCAUCAUCGACAACCCCCGCAUCAUCGCAGUCCCCGAUCAGUGCAGAUACAAGCACAGUCGCAACGACAACGUCUUCUUCGGCAACUAGUCAAUCGACGACGACGACAAGUAGUACCACCAGCUCAUCACAAACGACUUCCUCAUCACUCACUACAACCGCUUCAUCAUCAACGACAACCACUUCAUCAUCAACGACAACUUCCUCAUCACCAACGACCACCUCGCCAUUGACCACCACAAGUACACCACAUACCACUUCCAGUACGCCUUCGCAGACAUCAACUUCAUCGACAUCUGAGCCUUCACCAACGUUGCCCAGCACACCGUCAUCGUCGGUCACACCGGUGCCAGUCGUUACAACGUUGGAAAGUACCUUGUUUAUCACUACAACGAAUGCUCAAGGACAACCAACAACGACGGCGCCCUCUAUUGUCACAGAAGUUACCAUUUCCACAAACAGCGCAGGAGCUGCUACGACUAUCACAGUAGCAUUUGCAAACCCCACCCUUGCGCCUAACAAUGGGACAUCAUCGGGUUCCGCGUUCUUCAGGAACACCGGCGCGGUAGUCGGUGUCUUCCUUGUGGUUGGAUUGGCCGCUGCAUCCAUCGUACUUUGGAUCUUCUUUUUCAUACGGCGUAAGCGUCGUAUCAGUCGAAUUGACCAUGAGACCGAAGUCGAGGCGGCUGUUGCUGCCUCGGGCUUUGGUCGAGCUCCUUUGGAUGAUGACAAUGAUUACCGAAGUGCCCGGUCGCCACAGUCACAUUCUCUGUCUUCGGCACAGAUGGUGCAGCGUGGGAGCCCCGUUGGUUAUAUUCCCGACGGUUCUGGCUUGCCCACUUCCGGUCAGCCAGUUUUAGGGGGGCCAUUCGAUGACGACAAUGUCGCAUUCAAUCCCUACGCGGGCUACAUAGUCGAAGGUCUACCAACAAGUGGAGGGUAUAUUCAAGCUCGCAGUGCUAGCCCUCCUCCGGAAGUUGAGCAGCAGGGGCCUCCUAGUAGUGCAGGAUUGCAUGACAUUGGUGAUUCUUCCCGGGAUCGGAAAAGCUCCUAUGGCCAUACCCCUACUUACAGCGUUGCAAGCUACGAGCCGCUACUAGCCGCGUAUACGCAAGGAUCCUCUGCGGAGCGGGGUGCCGGUUCACCACCCACGCCACCCCCAAGGAACCCAGCACGACGUGCGCACCUCGACAGUGUCGCUUCCCGCCCUACAAAUAAUUUAUCAGACGGAGGUGCCGAUGAUAGGUUGGAUCCUGAAAUUCGGAGGCGGACCAGGUCGGAUAGCCUUGGCUCAGACGACGACCUCAAAGAUGAAGAAGACUACAGCCGGCCGGUGCUCACCGUCCGCAAUAUGCCUGAUGGUCGCAGUAUAAAUUCUGCGUUAUGACGAACAUUGUGUUCGCGUCUGGGUUUUACUUCCCUCCGAUUUGACUGUUGUGUCCGAAAUAAUCUGGACUAUUUACUGAUU